CAACAUUUGUCAAGUUCACGUGCACAAUUCUCAUUUAAGAAUUCGGUUGAUUAAAUAAAAUAAUUAUUAUAAUAAAUAUAGCGUUAUGGCGAGGAAAAGGAAAUUAGAUAGUCAAGUUAAAGACUUUAAGCAACAAAAGUCUACUCCCGUAGAGGUUAUAGCAGAAGAUGUAACCAACCACCCGCUCUGUCUUCAUGGACCAACUUUGUUGUUUUCAUCAGAAAAAGGCCGCUUUUUCUCUUGUUCAUUAUGUCGCAAGAAACAAGACUGUACUGUGCACAUUGACGAAGAUGAUUGGAAAAAAGAGAACGUUCGCAAACUGAAUGAGAAAUACUACAAUUUGAUUCCAAAACUUGAUAAAGCGACUGCGUGGAAAAAUUUCAAUGAGAUCAAAUUGAAGCAUGCAACAAGCAGAGCAUAUUGUGACACUUGUAAAGAACUUUACAUCGUGGCACAGAGCAAGAAACAUUUGAAAGAUCAUAAAGUCAUCAUGUCAUUAACGGAUGAGCAACUUGCGAAUCCUACAACAUGGCUGCCACCACUUGAAAACGAUCAGAGGGAAGCACAGUACUUGUUUUCUAAGAAAGCAGUUAGUACAGUACUAGGGAUAUUGAAAAACAAUAACAUCAGAAAUAUACUAUGUGUGGGCACCCCUUCUAUACAUGAAGCUGCAAAAGCGCAUCCUGACUUUGAUUCUUUACUCCUUGACUAUGAUACCCGCCACCAUCUCUUCAACCCACCUAAUAAGUUCCUUUGGUACAACAUGUUUAAUGAUUAUUUGUUUAAUGGUAAUGAAGAUGAGAAAAUCUUGAAGAAGUUCUUCAAAAGUUCCAAGGAUAAAGGGCUCUGCAUUGUGAUAGACCCUCCGUUUGGUGGCAGAGUUGAGCCAUUAGUUCAGACCAUCAAAGAUUUAUCUGCAAGUUAUAGAAAGGUUUGUGAAGGGGAAGGUUUAUUGCCAGUUAUUUGGGCCUUCCCCUAUUUCUCUGAACCUUACAUACGAAAUAUUGCACCGGAAAUCAAGAUGCAUGAUUACCAGGUGGAAUAUCAAAACCAUAAGAAAUUCCAAAAAGGAGGUCGGAAAGUAGGCUCCCCUGUACGUUUCUUCACAAACCUACCAUUCAUUACUAUUGACCUAUCUAACGAUAGUAACUACAAGCAUUGUGAUAAAUGUAAAUACUGGGUGUCAGUGACCAAUGCACAUUGUAAUAAAUGCAAGGAGUGCACCAGUAAAGAUGGUACAACAUACAAGCACUGUAACAUCUGUAGACGUUGUGUCAAACCAACGUACGAGCAUUGCAAAACUUGUGGGCGAUGUUGCCAUGUUAAACACGAAUGUGGAACUGUGGUAGAAUCACAGUCUUGCUAUAAAUGUAAUGAGAAGGGUCACAAGCAAUCUCAAUGUCCACAAGCCGAAGACAAGAUGGAAAAAAAGAAAAAACGGAAAAAUGCAUAA